CAGAGACCUGCGGGCAUGGGCCGCGCAGCCGCCUGCUCCCCGGGUCGUCGCGGGCAGCGGCGCCGCUUGCCGGCCGGGCGACGGCGCCGAGCCCCUCGAAGGAGGAGGGCUCGGAUAUGCCGUCGCAGGAGGGCGCGCCCCCGGCGGAGGAGGCCAGCUCCUGAGAGCCCUGGGCUGGCGGGACCCCCGGCCGGGGAGAGCGGCUGCGCCACCGAAUCCCAAGACCCGUGCGCGUCCCGCGACGACUGGCGCUGUGCUCGCUCCAUGCACGAAUUUUCAGCCAAGGACAUCGACGGGCACAUGGUUAACCUGGACAAGUACCGGGGCCACGUGUGCAUCGUCACCAAUGUGGCCUCGCAAUGAGGCAAAACUGACGUAAACUACACUCAGCUGGUCGACCUGCACGCCCGAUACGCCGAGUGUGGUUUACGGAUCCUGGCCUUCCCUUGCAACCAGUUUGGGAGGCAGGAGCCAGGGAGUAAUGCAGAGAUCAAAGAGUUCGCCGCUGGCUAUAACGUCAAAUUCGAUUUGUUCAGCAAGAUCUGUGUAAAUGGGGACGACGCCCACCCUCUGUGGAAAUGGAUGAAAGUCCAGCCCAAGGGGAGAGGCAUGCUGGGAAACGCCAUCAAAUGGAACUUCACCAAGUUCCUCAUUGACAAGAACGGCUGUGUGGUGAAGCGGUAUGGUCCUAUGGAAGAGCCCCUGGUGAUAGAGAAGGACCUGCCGUGCUACCUCUAGCUCCACAAGGUGCUGCCCCUACCCAAGUCUGUUGCCUGUGUUCCGAGGAGCCUUCCCCCGGUGCCUAUGACGGUCUGUCUGAAAACCAGCCCCUGGUGGGGCAGACCUGAGAACCUGGCGUGCACUCCUUCCGGAGGAAGGUCCCUUGGCCUGGCUGUGGCUUGGCAACCCCACCUCUGGCUGCCUUGUGGGAAUAAAAUGUACAACACAGA